UAAAGAGUGAAGAUGUAAAUCUUCCCGGAAAACCGCUCCAGCAUGGCACUCAGGCGGAUUUUGGGGGGGGGGAGAACACCUAUAUUUGUGACCCCUCGUCUCCCCCGACUGUGUUAUUCUGGAUUAUUCUCGGCCACAAACCCCUCCGCUGACACUGACCUGUUCACCCAGGGUCCAUCCUCCAGUAGUGGGCCCCGUUACCAUGGAGACCGCUACCCCGGUCACUACCAUGCGGGAAGAGCGGGUGUGCAAAGCACGUGGGGCAGUCCCCACCUCUCACAAAUAGGACGAAUCGAGAUAUGUGGUGCAACUAUUCUUGAAAAAAAUCACUAUGGUGCUUAGUGUGAGGGAGGGCGAGCUCCUUGGAGCCACAAGUGAAAAACCCGCACCCUUACACAUCUUCAUUCCCCCCCCCUCCAUUAGCACAGUGGAGCAGUCCAUAUUUAAAUGAUAGCAGAAGCGGCAGUGCCCAGAGCCGAGUCGUUCAGCUCAGUGACAGAGAGAAAAAAAACGGGAAAGUAUUCAUUCAGGACAGAACCUGACAGGGGGAGACUAGAACAAGUAUUAACUCAGGAUAGAAGAUAGCAUUAAAACGGUACAGAGCAUUUACUCUGCACAAAGUCAGCAUAGAGCACUGGGGGAAAAAAAACAUUAAAUCAGCGCAGAGUACAGGGAAUAGCACAGCGGAGAAUUUAAACUCCGCACAGGAGUGAGCAUUAACUCAGCACAGAACAACAAAGAUUACAGGAAAGAUUUGAGGAGAGUAGACCACAGGUCAGUACAACACAGCAUUUGGUCUGUCUCACAUCGCCACUCGCAAACAUCUCAACAUUUGUCGAACCUGAUACACGGCGGAUCACUCGCGGCCGAGAGUGAGUCUCAUCGACUUCGGGAUUCAUCGAUGAAAGCGUCAAUCUUCGUAUCGAGUUUAGAGAUGAUUUUCCACAAGGAUCGCCACCGUAGGUAAACUGGAACUUGUGUGAAUACAUCAGUCUGUCAUCCAAUUAAAAGGCAGUCCAGAAAUGUCGCAUGCAGAAUAUGAAACAAGUUCUUUAAGUGAAGUUACAUCUGAGACCUCAAAUCUUGAUGAAUUGACUAUCUCGCGGAAGACACGUGCUGACGAAAAGGAUCUUGCUUUGCAUCGUGAAAAGACUGGUUACCCUGACUAUGUUUACAAAGUUUCAGCUGACAUAUUUCAGAGCAUACAUGUUGAAAAACCUCUCUCUAGAAGGCUUGUGAACUAUGAAAAAGAUCCAGAAAUGAUCAUCCCAGAAAUCAAAGAUGAGAAGUUCCAACGCUGGGUGUAUGAGUUAGCCUUCAGUGCCCUGAAAUAUCAAGAUGUCUUAGAAGAGGUAUUGAUUAACAGCUGCUUUUAUCCAACUCAGCAAAUUUCUCUUGAUUCAACAAGUCUGGUGGUUAUUAUGCUAUAUGAUUACCAAGAUCGUAAAUUCCAACCAAGAACCAUCUCUGAAGCAGAGGAGAAUGUAAUACCAGUAGUUAGAAAAGUAGAAAAAAGCCUUUACAGCUUUAAAACAAAGCUUGCAGCUGCACUUGCUCGAUGCCGGAUUAAAAAUGAUGCAAUCUCCAUCGAUUUAAUUCUUCCAGAAUCUGUUAGAAAUCAGGAACGUCGAGCUUCUUUUUUGCCACUCUAUGCCUGGAUAAAUGUAUUAAAGACAAGCCUUGAAGAAGUAACCAAUUUGCUGGAGAGAGAGGGCUUUACAAAGGUGAAAUGUCCUCAGCAACUCGAGGGUCUAACUUUCUGUGAGGAUCGACACUGCCAAGAUGUGGUACUUUUUCCAACCCAUCUAACUGCUAAGCUUUAUGAAAUGGAACUUGUCACCAGUUACAAGAUGGUAAUUCAGGAUAAAGGUCGAAGCCUUGCACCACACUCAGUGAAGGUCUUAAUGAACAUGGAUGACGAUAUCGUUGUUACUAAUGCAGGUUCACGGUUGACUGUUGCUCAUAUGUCCACUCUAAUUAGCCAGAGUACAUCCAAAGUCUUUGUUUGCGGGGUGAAAUCAGAAUUGCAACAACUUGAACUGAAGAGCCUAUUUGAAAAAGUGGGCUGUAAAAACAUAAAACUGAUACCUCAGAAAUUCACUGAUAUUGAGCCUAUAGAUCCACGUUUACAGAAGGUUAAAGUUAUUCUGCUUGUGCCUCAGUGCUCAGCGUCAGGCGUCAGCAAUCCAGUGGAAUUUAUCUUAAAUGAACGUGGAGACACAACUCUGCUACAGGAACUUUCUCAGGGAAAAGUGUCAGAAGAGAAACUCAAACAACUGGCCCAGAAACAAGCAGAGGAACUAAUGCAUGCAAUUAAAUUUCCGAAGGUCCAGGCCAUUGUAUAUUCUACAUGCUCAAUUUAUCCUGAAGAAAAUGAGGAAAUAGUGAAACCAGUAUUGGGAAAGAAAAUGGAAGGACCCAGAGUACAACCUUACAGGCUAAGUGCUCCUGUUAUUCCCUUAUGUUGUCCAUCAGAAAUAACCUGUGCAUCUGAUAAAUUCUUCAAGAUUGAACCAUCAGAACAAGUCAAUGGAUGUUUUAUUGCUGUAUUAACUCGAGAGCGAGAUCCAUCAGGAGCGGUGUCUGUAAAGGAUGUAUUGGCUCGAGCUGCUGCAAAGGGACUAUUGGAUGGAGUUGAGACACCCAGAGUUCGGAAAAAGGAAGAAAAACGAAAGAAAAACAAAGUCUUUACACCAAAAAUGGUGUCUUUCAGUGGAGCCCAGUCGAGGAUAACUGAAUUUUUAAAUGAACAGAAAUCAGUUACAGUUAACGGAACCUCCACAGCCUCCCAGCAAUUGUCUAGAAGUGAGGCCAGUACUACUGGGUCAAGCAUCAAAUUAACUCAACGCGUGCCUAUUCCUACCUUACCCAACCGAGUAAAGAGAAAUAUUAGCAAUGCUGCUUCAGUGGGAAGGCUUGCUAGUCGGAAAGGAAUUUCAACUGGAACAAAACAAGAGUUGAAGUUGGUUUUAAAACCAGUAGAGAUGUUGCUUCCUCCAGUUACAAUACGAUACCUCAAUUCAAAUGGGGUUCAAAACCAUGGUUACAAUCAACCCUACCUCUUCCAGUACCAUGGAUUAACUAGUCAACCCGCUUUCCCUUAUUCACGUAAUGCAUUUGUGACUUCAUUAGGUGUGAAAAAACAAAGAGACACAGGUAUAAAGGUCGUUCCUGGAAGCAUGAAGAAGCAAGAAUUGAAGCAACAAUGUGCUGUAUGUGCAGCAAAAAGGACUUGAAGGCAGGAUGUUCUCUGUGCUCAUUAAAAAGAUUUGAAGCCAUGAUUUUCUGUGUUCCAUCAAAUAUUUCCAAUUGCUAAGCAUAUACACCUGUCUGUAGAGACUGAAAACAGGUUUGGUUGAACAGCACCUACUUUCCCAAUGAAAUUAAUGGACAUCUUGAACUCGUCAGUUUUUUUUGUAUUAAAGCUCCAAAUGGAUGCAUUGGACGUGGAAAGAACUGAACAGAGGAGCAGUAGCAUUGGGAGUUAGGAGAAGGGUUACCACUUCCAACUAACAUCUAUUUCAGGAAGAAUGCAGAAAGGUUCUUUGCAUAAAAAAACUCACUUCCAUGCACCUUCAUCUCUAACCUGUAGGAAGCACACUGGGAAUUUAUACUCUGAUCAACUGAUCAUUAGUUUGUUGAUUGGAAAAUUACGGACUACACAUAUUUGAUUCCAUACAAUAAACACCUUGCAAAUGCUGCUUCCUGUUCCAUACAGAUGGCUUUCAAUACAUUAAAUAAAUUUUAGCAAAUCCAAAAACCCCUCAAAUUAACAAUUUACUUUAAAGCAACUGUGAUGUCCUGAUGAGAGCACGCACCUCUUUGAUUGGCUGAGUCAUGAGGGAGCCAUCAAUUUUUCCCAUCUGUAUUUAUGAAUUAUUCUCAUGCCAGUUAAUGAUUUCAAAAGGACAGUUUUUGUUAGGUGUUUUCCUGUUUCUUUUCUGUUCUGAUUGCAGUGUCAGCUGGAAUUAUUAAACAGUUUAAAACCAGAAGUGAAUCUUGUAACUUAUUGAUUUAAUUUACCUUCCCCUAACCAUUGGCCAAUAUGAUGCCGAUGAGCCUGUUUCAGGCAGGUAAAGAUACUAUCCCUAAAGAGACCUUGCAGAAAUGGUCAGUAAAAGCCCUACUUCCAAGGUAUUCAGUUACAUUCCUUCUUGAAAUACAGCUGUAGCGUGGCACCAAGCUGGAGAAGAGUCAUAGA